UCACUUACUCCUACACGAGGUAAACGUCUUUCAAAGUACCUUAUGAUCUCAGUAUCUUGUAAGAACUUACAAAACCAAAAUAAUCAAACAAAAAUGAGCGUGAAGCUUUAUUACGAUCUACUCUCUCAGCCCUCGAGAGCCGUGUACAUUUUUUUAAAGAAGUGCAAUAUACCCUUCGAAGCGAAAAUAGUUAAUGUGGCCAAAGGCGAGCAGUUUAAGGAGGGAUAUGAGAAAAUCAAUCCGUUCAGGAAAGUUCCUGCUAUCGAACACAACGGAUUUAAUUUGACCGAGAGCGUGGCAAUAAUGCGAUAUUUGUGCCGUGAGUUCAAAGUCGACGAUCACUGGUACCCGAAAGAUUCCAAGGCACGCGCCAGAGUCGACGAAUACCUCGAGUGGCAGCACCUCAACACGAGACUCCACAAUGCAUCAUACUUUUUGGUCAAGUUCCUAUAUCCUAUGUUGAAAGGAAAACCUCCGAAACCAGAAAAAGUAUCGAUUCACGAAAGCCGAAUGGUGGAGUGUCUAGACCAAAUAGAAAACGUUUGGCUCAAUGACAAUAAGCUCUUCCUGACGGGCCAACAAAUAAGUAUCGCCGAUCUCUUGGGAGCCUGCGAAAUCGAGCAGCCAAGAAUGGCUGGCUUCGAUCCGCUCGAGGGUAGACCCAAGCUGUCGUCCUGGUAUGACCGUGUCGUUAGCGAAACAUCGCCCUUUUACGAAGAGGCUCACGUACUCCUCAACAAGUUAGCCAAUGGGAAGGGAAAAGCUAGCAGCAAACUUUGAUUUUUCUCAUCUCCUUACGAUCGGUCAAUUUUUAUUAUUUUUCACCUUGUUCCACGAUACAUUUUAUACAUUGUUUAAGUAAAACUGGUUAUAU